UUAGUGAUUUAACCAUCUCUAAUUUUGUUAGCAAUUAAUAAAUUUAAGCGAGCGGAAAAUACGCACGAAGCGCCAAAAAACCAGCAAAAAAGUGACCGCGGACCCCGGCGGCGUGGCGUCCAGUAGGCCGGCAUUAGCCAUUCACCAAAUCCGAUCGAUCAGUAAACUCGAUUCGGGUAAUUUCGCCAUUUGGCAUAAUUUCAUCACUGCACACGUGUCUGGAGCUGAGUAAGUGGCAAUUGGACUCCUCCGUGGAUUGCGGACAAAUCCGGAGUUGCUCUGGCAAAUGCCCAGCAAGCAGCGGCGGCCAGGAAGAGACUAUUCCGCCGGAGAAGAGGAGGCACCAACCGCAGCAGCAGCAGCAGCAGCAGCAGGAGGAGGAGGAGCUGCUGACCAUCACAGGACUUCCCAUGGCUGAGUACUGGCAGCAGGUUUUCAACGGCGGAGGGGGCGGUUCGGGAUCGGGAUCGGGAUCAGCGGGUCCUGGCAGUGAGUCACCCGCCAUGGCAGCCUGCAAUGGUGGUCACGAGGGUGGAGCAAACACAACCGCCACCAGCGGCAACAACAACUACGUGAACUUCAAUCAGUUCAUCAUGCAGCACAAUCUGGGCGGAGGGUCGACCUCCUCCAAUGCCGCAGCCACCAUGCAACAUCCGCUGGGCAGCAGUGGCAUUAGCUCCAACAACAGCAACAACACAAACUACUCACUCGGCGGCGGCGGAGGAGCCUUUGGCCUCAAUCCACCAACGGCAUCAGCGAACUCCAACAGCUUUUCAAAUUUUUACUCGCAGCCCAUCUUCCCAUCGUAUCAAAAUGGCGAUGGCAUCGCUAGCGCCGCAUUCACCAACAGUUAUGGAUCGGGCAACCCGAGCAGCAGCACUUUUUCGAGUCUUUACACGCCGUUUGGCAACAAUCCGUUCGACUUCAGUGCUUCCAAGCUGCAGGCCUCGGCGCCCGAAUUUGUGCCCAGUCUGGCCAAGCUGAGUCUGGACGAGACUCCGGCGGCAGCCACGACGAACGGGAACAGCACUGCCACCGUAGAGACUGCCAUAAACGAAACAAGACCCCGGGCACUGGCUCUGGCCCAAGCCGAUGGAGCUGCGGAAAGGGGGGCCAACAACCACCGUGCGAAUCACAAUUACGAGAGGGAUCGGGACAGGGAUUCGCGUCCUGGAAGCACGCGUCAGCAGCGCCGCUCCGACUACCGCGACGAUCGGGAGGAUCGACGGGAACGGGAGGAUCGCUACGAAAGAAACGAUCGCCGGAGGCCGCAGAAACAGCAACGCUACGACAAUCAUCGUAGCAACAAACGCAGGGAUGACUGGAAUCGCAACAGGGAUCGCAUCAAUGGCUAUCCCAGGGCCGUCGACGAUCUGGACACGAGCAACGAGAGUGCCCAACCGUCGCCCGAAAAGCAGUCGCAGCAGCAGAUUUCCCCCAGACGGGCUGUACCUCCGUUGCCGCCACCGCCGCCGGCGGAUAACGAGAAGCUGUCGCAGCGGGAGAAACUGAUACGCGACAUCGAACAGCGGCGACUGGAGUGUCUGGUGUGCGUGGAGGCGAUCAAGGCGCAUCAGCCGACCUGGUCGUGUCAGAACUGUUACCACUUACUGCACCUCAAGUGCACUAUCACCUGGGCGAGCAGCUCCAAGUCUGAGGUGGGUUGGCGCUGCCCAGCCUGCCAGAAUGUGCUGCAGGAGCUGCCGCGCGAGUACCUCUGCUUCUGCGGCAAGCUAAAGAACCCGCCCGUGUCGCGUACGGAGUUGGCCCACAGUUGCGGCGAGGUCUGCUGCCGCAUCGAGGGCUGCAGCCACGCCUGCACCCUGCUCUGCCAUCCCGGCCCUUGUCCGCCGUGCCAGGCCAAUGUGGUGCGCAGCUGUGGCUGCGGACGCAGCUCCAAGACCAUGCAGUGCGCCAUGAAGGAGGAGCUGCUGUGCGGCGAGAUCUGCGACAGGGCGCUCAACUGCGGCGAGCAUCGUUGCCAGGCGGAGUGCCACGCGGGCAAGUGUGCCGCCUGUCCCGAGCAGGUGGAGCAGCACUGCCACUGCGGCAAGCAGGAGCGCCAGGUGCAGUGUACGCGCGAGAACCAGGACAAGCGCAGCUACUCGUGCAAGGAGAGCUGCGGCAAGCCGCUGCCCUGUGGCAACCACAAGUGCAAGGACUCCUGCCACGCGGGCAGUUGUAGACCCUGCAAGCUGAGUCCCGAGCAGAUAACCAGCUGUCCUUGCGGCAAGAUGCCCGUGCCGGCUGCCCAGCGUUCCAGCUGCCUAGAUCCCAUACCCACUUGCGAGGGCGUCUGUUCGAGGACGCUACGCUGCGGCAAGCCGGCGCAUCCGCACCAGUGCGGCAGCAAGUGCCACCUGGGUCAGUGUCCGCCGUGCCCCAAACAGACGGCGGUCAAGUGCCGCUGCGGCCACAUGGACCAGAUGAUCAAGUGCCGGCAGCUGUCCAGCCGGGCGGACGAUGCGCGCUGCAAGCGACGCUGCACCAAGAAGCGCAGCUGUGGCAAGCACAAGUGCAAUGCCGAGUGCUGCAUCGACAUCGAUCACGCCUGUCCGCUGCCCUGCAACCGCACCUUGAGUUGCGGCAAGCACAAGUGCGAUCAGCCGUGCCACCGCGGCAAUUGUCCGCCCUGCUAUCGCAGCAGCUUCGAGGAGCUCUACUGUGAGUGCGGUGCCGAGGUCAUCUAUCCGCCAGUGCCGUGCGGCACCAAGAAGCCACUGUGCAAGCGCCCCUGCUCGCGCUCUCAUCCCUGCGAGCAUCCGCCGCAGCACAACUGCCAUUCGGCGGCCACGUGUCCGCCCUGCAUGAUGUUCACCACGAAGUUCUGCCACGGCAACCAUGAGCAGCGCAAGACCAUUCCCUGCUCGCAGCCCAACUUCAGCUGUGGCCUGGCCUGUGGCAAGCCACUGCCCUGCGGUCGCCACAAGUGCAUCAAGCCCUGCCACGAGGGCGCCUGCCAGUCGACCGGCGAGAUCUGUCGCCAGAGCUGCACCAAGCCGCGAUCGCUCUGUGGUCACAAGUGCGCCGCCGUCUGUCACGAGGGCGCCUGUCCGGAGACGCCCUGCAAGGAGCUGGUGGAGGUCCAGUGCGAGUGCGGCCACCGGAAGCAGAGCCGCAGCUGCCAGGAGCUGGCCAGGGAGCACAGUCGCAUAGCCACCGCCCAGCUGGCCUCGUCCAUGGCGGAGAUGUCCCGCGGCAACUACAUGGAGCUCAGCGAAAUCUUGGCCCCGGCCAAGGCCAGCAAGUCCAAUAGAACUCUGGAUUGCAACGACGAAUGCCGAUUGCUGGAAAGGAAUCGUCGCCUGGCCGUGGCUCUGUCCUCAGGAAAUCCCGAAACGAAACAAAAGUCCCUGACCAAGUACUCGGAGUUUGUGCGUGGCUUUGCGAAACGAAACCCAGCGCUGACCAAGAGCGUGUACGAAACGCUCAGUGAUCUGGUGAAGCUGGCCAAGGAGAGCAAGCAGCGGUCCAGGAGCCACUCCUUUCCCACGAUGAACCGCGAGAAGAGGCAACUGGUGCACGAGUUGUGCGAGAUAUUUGGCAUAGAGUCGGUCUCCUAUGACAAGGAGCCCAAUCGCAAUGUGGUGGCCACUGCCCAUAAGGAAAGGUGCUGGCUACCCGCCACGAGCAUCAUGGAGGUGCUGGCACGAGAAUCCGGUCAACGGCGUGUUCCGGUGCCCAGCAACAAUGCAUGGGGCUUGAAGAAGUAGAGCUAAUCCAAGUGGUGGAUAUACGUUGUUUAAUCGUUGGCGCUGGAUAAUUGUACUUUAAAGCGGAUGCUAAGGAGCCUGGAUGAAAAAUAUUGAUGGAUCCUGAAUGUGGGUAAGCCGAAGCGAGGCGCUGCGAGGACAAUACACACAAGGAUAAUGGCCGUUAUUACGUAUAUUUUGUAAAUUAUAACGAAUGUUAGUUAACCUUAGAAUGCUAAAUGUUGAAUACUGAAUGGAGUGAAGUGGAUACACAGGCACAAAUAUGAAGAAUGCUGUUAAUCAAUCUGUUGUACGAUGAAUUUAUCCAAAAUGAAACCUUCUGACCACGUUGCAUCUAACUAAAUAAAAAAGAAAUAGAUCAGAGGGACAAAUAAAUGAGAAAAUAUAGCAGAGGGCAA